AUGAAAAAGGAGUUUGACAUGUCUGAUCUUGGUUGCAUGAAGUAUUUUCUUGGAGUAGAAGUGGUGCAAAGCUCAGCUGGGAUUUUCAUAAGUCAAAAGAAGUAUGCAAAUGAGAUACUAGAGAGAUUCGGGAUGGAUCAAUUGAGUUUGAUAGCUUGUUUCAUGGAGGCACCUACUGUAUUGCAUCAACAAGCAGUAAAGAGAGUUUUUCGAUACUUAAAGGGAACAACUGAGUUGGGAAUACUCUACAAAAAGGAGGGAGAAGAGAGCUUGCUUGCUUAUUCAUAUAGUGACUAUGCAGGUGAUCUUGAUGGCCGCAAAAGCACUUCAGGGUAUGUUUUUAAAAUGAGUUCAGCAGCUGUAGCUUGGAGUUCCAAAAGACAACCAGUUGUGUCACUUUCCACCACUGAAGCAGAGUUCAUUGCUGCUGCUGCGUGA